UAACUCCUGGCAGAUAAGAGAGCCAAGUUUUGCACAAAGUGGGUAGAUAAAUCCUUGCGUGUGCUAAGUGUGACAUCUCUAAGGCGGCCUGGCCGCCCGUGUCCUGUGAUGAGGCUGGCCCACCCAGGGGUGUGGUGAUAGGGUUGGUCCUGUGUGGUCCUGAUAACCCCAGCUCUACCAAGGAGGAAGAUGGGAUAAGAUAGGCCCCUGAGCUAGUUGGGGGGACUGAGAAACAAACACCGCAGGGCGCAGCGAAGGAGUCCAGCGCUCUGGACUUGUUUCCACUUCUGAUUUGCUGCAGGACUUUGGAGCUGAGUCGACAGCAGACACCCCGGAGCCUAGAGUCCAUCUAGCGGGCUGCCCUGUGCCCUGGCCUGCACCAUGCAUCACCAGUCCAUACUGCACAGCGGCUACUUCCACCCACUGCUGCGGACCUGGCAGGCCUCUGCCUCCACCAUCAGUGCCUCCAACCUCAUCUAUCCCAUCUUUGUCACGGAUGUUCCUGAUGAUGUCCAGCCUAUUGCCAGCCUCCCAGGCGUGGCCAGGUACGGCGUGAACCAGCUAGAGGACAUGCUGAGACCCCUGGUGGAAGCAGGCCUGCGCGCUGUCCUGAUCUUUGGUGUCCCCAGCAGAGUUCCCAAGGACGAACAGGGCUCUGCAGCUGACUCUGAGGACUCCCCGGCUGUUGAGGCCGUCCGCUUGUUGAGGAAGACCUUCCCUGACCUCCUAGUGGCCUGUGAUGUUUGCCUGUGCCCCUACACCUCCCAUGGUCACUGUGGCCUCCUGAGUGAGAAAGGCGCAUUCCUAGCUGAGGAAAGCCGACAGCGGUUGGCAGAGGUGGCACUGGCCUAUGCCAAGGCAGGAUGUCAGGUUGUAGCUCCAUCAGACAUGAUGGACGGACGUGUCGAAGCCAUCAAGACUGCCCUACUAAAACAUGGACUUGGCAACAGGGUCUCUGUGAUGAGCUAUAGUGCCAAAUUUGCCUCCUGUUUCUAUGGCCCUUUCCGGGAUGCAGCUCAGUCGAGCCCAGCUUUUGGGGACCGCCGCUGUUAUCAGCUGCCUCCUGGAGCCCGUGGCCUGGCCCUUCGUGCCGUUGCCCGGGACAUUCGGGAAGGAGCUGACAUGCUCAUGGUGAAGCCAGGAUUGCCCUACCUGGAUGUGGUGCGGGAGGUGAAGGACAAGCACCCCGAGCUCCCCCUCGCGGUAUACCAGGUGUCAGGAGAGUUUGCCAUGUUGUGGCACGGAGCCCAGGCUGGGGCCUUUGAUCUCAGGACUGCUGUACUGGAGUCUGUGACUGCCUUCCGCAGAGCUGGUGCCGACAUUAUCAUCACCUACUUUACACCCCAGUUGCUGAAGUGGCUAAAGGAAGAGUGAUGGAGAGCAUAGGGUUUGAUCUUGACAGAGCUCCUUGGGCCUUGAGUGAAACCAAAGUAAAUGCUGGAACUGUGACUGUGCCGUCUUCCUGACCGUGCUGUUGGCAGGCGCAGCACCGUGGGUGGUCCUGCCAACAUGCUGAGCUCCCACUCUCUUUCCCACCCUGGCUCAGCCCAGAGAUUCAUCUCCCUGCUUCUGAGGUGUGGCUUCAGCUUGGCAGGAGCCAGGAGCCCUAGGCACAGGCCUUGGGCUUUGUGACGAGAUGGGAGCAGCUGGAUCUUGAACCCCAAAGAAGACUUAUGCAUUAGUGAGGCUCAAAUCCCAGAAGCAGAGGGAACACACACACAUACACACACACACACACACACACACACACACACACCUGAGAACUUCUGCCCAGGGCUAUUUGGACUCAGCAGGACACACAGUAGCUUGUCUCUAGACAGAGAGAGGGGAGUCAGAUAAGACAUAACAAAGCAGUUGAAGUGAUACUUGCUUAGAAGGAAAGGGUCAAGACAGAAGCUGCCCCUCAGCUGAGACCUCAGAGGGACAAAGAGGACAGAUGUUCAGAGACCCCUUUGGGAGGAGGAGUUUUACGGGACUGGAGGACAGUCCAGGAGGAAGGUGAAUAACAGGCUGGAGCUUAGAGUGAUUACUUCCCACACAUUUGGCAUCUGAUGACAGCCAUCUUAAAGAUGCUGAGGUGGUUUGCUGUGGUUUGAUUUGCUCCACUAAGUACUGAAUACUCACCUAUCAAGACAAGCGCUCUGCCACUGAGCUAUCCUAGCCCUUCAAGAGAAUCUGGAGAGCUGGGAGGUGGGGUGGCACAUGCCUUUAAUCCCAGCACUCGGGAAGCAGAGGCACGCUGAUCUCUGAGUUCAAAGCCAGCCUGGUUUACAGAGCAAGUUCCAGGACAGGCUCCAAAGCUACAGAGAAACCUGUCUCGAAAAGAAAAAAAAAAAAAAAGGAAAAAAGAGAGAAUCUGGAAAGAGGACUAGAGAUUUUGGUGGAAGGGAAUAAAGGACAGGAGGGAGUGGGAGUGUCUUAAGCACCGGCUGCUUUCAGUUUACCUGACAUCUGACACGCACUGCCACUAAUGAACAUUAUAGUUGGGGCUAGUUUGCAGCUCACCCCACUUCAGAGUCUUCAUUGUAGCACCAAAGCAAGUUCAGUUCAGACUCUAAAGCGAGAUGAAAUCUGUUUUUAAAAUGUAGAAUUAUUGGGUUAUAAACUGGCAGCUUCUGCGGUCAGACUGGUCCUAACUCUUGGUAACUUUCAUUAGAGCUGUGACUGACCCAUAAGAGCUGAGCUUCCUGUUUCUCACCUUGUGAAGGGUAGCCUCCAAAAUCAGGUUUUUUAAAAGUUGUUACUGAGCUAUGUAUUUUUCUCCCCUUCCCUCCCUUCCCUCCCCUCUCCUACCUACUACCCUCUUCCACAGUCCCCCCACUCUCCCAGUUUACUCAGGAGAUCUUGUCUUUUCCACUUCCCAUGUAGAUUAGAUCCGUGUAUGUCUCUCUUAGGUCCUCACUGUUAUCUGGGUUCUCUGCAAAAUCAGAUCUUAACAGUCCUAAACAUUCCCUUUCUGGGAGCCUGAGCCUAGAUCGAUGGUCUGGAGCUCAGAUCACUAAUUUGAGACACCCCAUCAUUGGGCCAGAAGUAUACCAGACUAGAACUGUCUUAUCUCCUAGACGUGUUCCACCGCCUCUGAGCUCUUCUCCAGUUAAAAUGGUUCAUGUGUUAGGGGUGGCUUUCCUUGGCCAUCCCAGAGCCAUCGUCACCAAGUCAAUGCAGAAAGCCAGAAGGUGUGCUGCCCCGCAGAUACAACAUGUUAACCGAUGUACCCAGGAACUUAUUGUAGACACUGAGCAGACAGACACAAGUGAAGUGUGAAGGUCACCAGGUCCCGACCUCUGAAAGUUCAGAGAAUUGUUCCCUGAAGGACCAAUAUUUGGAUGAGCAGCUAAGCUGAGACAGAAUUGGGCAAGAAUGUUCUAGGGAAAGAACCAUUGUGUAAAGUUCCUGGGACCCAAAGCUAUGAACACAGGACGAGUGGCUGGCAUACCAGGAAAGAUACAAGCAGGUGACCUCAAGAGUGGAGCUUCAGGCCAAACCACAUGGGUUCAAGGUCACAUUUCCCUAACUUUAUUCCAAGAAUGUCAGCAGAAUGACCUCAACACCAUGACAUGAUACAGAUGAGGUGUUUGAGUGGGCUAAGUGACCAUAGGGAUGCAAAAUAGAUUUUUUGUUUUUUGGUUUUUUGAGACAGGGUUUCUCUGUGGCUUUGGAGCCUGUCCUGGAACUAGCUCUUGUAGACCAGGCUGGUCUCAAACUCACAGAGAUUCACCUGCCUCUGCCUCCCAAGUGCUGGGAUUAAAGGCGUGUGCCACCACCGCCCGGCCAAAAUAGAUGUAUUUAGGACAUAAUUAGGAGGUAAAUUGGACAUGAGAGAUGAACUUGCUUGUCUAGGUGGCAGGUGGGCCAUUUAGUGGAGAAAACAGGUCCAAGGUAAGUUUAGCUUGGGAUUCUUGGCAGUGACAAAGGUCUGUCUAGAGAUUUGAUGGCACUUCUCCAAGGCCGUAUUUAUGGCAGAACUGGGUAAGACCACAGCUAGAAAGAAACCCAGAUGUUGCAUUCUGACCUGACUCCAAAGUCUCUGCUUUUAACCACUUCUUGACACUCUCCAGUAAGCAGCAGUGAACGCAUGGCUGGCGCUUGUGUGUGAUCAACUUUGGCAUGACAGGAAGGCCCAGGAACCCAUUUUCCUUCAGGUGUCAGUGGCGCCCCCUGGAGUCUUGUCACCUAAAGUGUCCACUUGGUGGCAUCUUUAGAAAGCAGUCAUGGGCAGUUACAUCUAGCUUAGGGUAGGAGGGGCAAUUGUGCCCAUGAAGUUAGAGCAGGAUGAUUGCCAGGACUUCUAGACGAAUCCCAGCUGCAGGGUAGGGUUAUUUUUUUAAAAUCAGGAAGGGACAGAGUCUUCUGGAAAGGUUGCCGUCUUCCUUCACAGACUGGCAAGGCAUCCAGAAACCUCAAUGAGUAAGACUUGGUUUUUCAUUCUCAAAUGUGCCAGUUUAGGCUGUAGCUUGUCUGUUUGACGAGCAUUUUAACCAGCUACUUAACUCCCCCAAGUGGAGACCAUGGGUUUCCAGCCUUUGUCCCACAUGGACUGCCACAGGAAGGGCCUGUGAUUUGUGGCGGACCAGAUUCUGGGUGGGUUUGAUUGCAGGCUAAAACAGUUAAAUAGAAAAAACAGUUCCACUGGUUUUCACGCCAAGAUCUUGAUAAGACCAGAAGUGUCCCUGGGUCAAAGACUUACUCUUGGCCUUGUGUAGACUUUAUUGCUGUAGAUAAGCCUUCCCAGUAAACUAUGUGAACCCUGUAACCCUGAAAGGACCCCUAAGGUUUGUAAUCUCAGAAAAAAUAUCCAUUCUGUCCCUCCCCUGCCGGAAGAGCUGCGGUUGCUCUGCUUGGUCACAUGCCUGCCAUUUGGCUCACUCACUAUGGACUAAGGGGCAACAGUUGAGCUGCCCCAUUGCAUGAAAGGCUGGCAAGGCCCUGACUCUUGUACCAAUGGUCCUCUCUGCCUGAAAUGCAUUUCCCUCUAAGUCUGGGUGUCUCCUUUUAUGUGCUGAGCUGAGCUGGUGUCACUCACUUCCUCGAACCUGAUCCAACAAUCUGUCAAAACUUAGCCUCUGUAUUUGGAUUAGUGAAUAGAACAAAAGCCAAAAUAACAAUAAGUGUAAAGGUUUACUUCUUGGAAGUGGUGAGAUGACUCAACAGAUCUAAGUGCUUGCCUUGCAAGCCUCACCUGAAUUCAAUGCAUAGCACCCACUGAAAAGAGAGAAUUAACUUCCAAAACAUUUUGUCUUCUGACUACCACAUGCCCACUUUGGUAUUUGUGCGUGUGUGUGUGAGAGAGACAGAGAGAGUUAUAUAAUUCUGUAAGCACACUGGGACUGGUUUGCCAGUUUGUGCAGGCAGGGGGAUUGAUCUCAGUUCCUGACUUAUUCUGCAUUCCAUUUUCAUCUCUUAAGUGUGGUAGCACAUUCUUAUAAACCCAGCAUUGGACACCUGGGGCAGGAGGAUCAUGAGUUCAAGGCUAUCCCAUGCAACACAUCAACAAUUCACAAAAUCACAUGCAUGAGCACCAAAGGGGUGGGGAGCAUUGAGGUGUCAUAAAUCCUUUUUUUCUAACACUGAAAGGUAGAUGGCCUUUGAGAAUGCAAAACAAGAGACUUCUAGUUACUAGUACAGCCACUUCAGAAAUCUAUCUACUGAAAGGAAGCAUACUUGAUGAGGGUGUCCUGACAAAAGUAUUUACUGGUGUUCUCUGAGACACACUUAGUAGGUUCACAUGCGCCUGCUGUCUUCAGCUACUUAGAUGUGAGGAUCAUAAGCCAAGGUUGGAGACCAACCUAAGAGAAAAUUGUUGAGAACACUUUCUAGUAUGUGUGAUCAUUCCAGACUGGAACUAACCCAGUGCCAUCAGCAUUGAGGUGUAUUCUAUUUUAAUAAUGGAAUGUUAGGGCUGGAGAGAUGGCUCAGAGGUUAAGAGCAUUGCCUGCUCUUCCAAAGGUCCUGAGUUCAAUUCCCAGCAACCACAUGGUGGCUGACAACCAUCUGUAAUGGGGUCUGGUGCCCUCUUCUGGCCUGCAGACAUACACACAGAAUAUUGUAUACAUAAUAAAUAAAUAAAUAAAUAAA